GGCAUUCGCCGUGUAAAGGGCGCUGUGAUUAUGACAAGCAGUUCACUGACACGCUGUAUGCACUGACGAGGAAGUUUCUGUGAUCAAGGCUUUACAAUGGGGGUAGGCUCUGGCGGUGGAUGGAAAAUACUAACAGGGGUAUUUGUUUGUUCAUCUCUCAUUCUCCUCUAUCUGUGGAUAAGAGAACUUGAAAUCAACAACCGACAGAAAUUCAAAGAUGGUGCUGAUUCCAAGGGUAAUGGACCCUACCCAGUAUGUGGACAAACUAGCAGCAGCACAAGCGGCACCACCAGCAGCACCAGCAACAUCAUUAACACAACUGAAGCAGCGAAUCCUGGGUUGUACGAUGACUUGACCGUGAUUGAACUCAGGGCCAUCCAGAACUACAUGUAUGGACUCACAAACAUGACCAUUGUCAGGCCAUCAACGGCUACCGUGAGGAACAGCUACAUCUUCGCAUCAGACCUCCAUCCACCAAGGAAAGCAGAAGCUUUGGCAUAUAUGGCUGGCAGAGGUCCUAGGCCAGACAGAAAUGCUCGACUAGUUGUCUUCAGGGGAGAUGCAAGUCCCCCCGUUGUAGAGGAAUACAUAGUUGGACCCCUACCUAACCCUACAAGACAUGUGCUGUAUACGAACUCACGCCGUAAGAAUCCCGUUCCAUAUGCCUACAGACCUCUGGGAGAAGUUGAAUAUAAUUCUUUUUAUGACAAUAUGUUUCGAGAGAUUGACAGCACAUUGAGUCUUCUUUUGAGAGAAAGCUACGGAGGAACGUUUACCGCCUGUGAGAAUACAUGCCUUACUUUUUAUGCUGUCCCAAUUGGAAGUCGGAUCGUGCAGCAGCCUGUGCGUAAGAUGUGGGUCAUCGCCAGCCACUCUGUGGAAUACUUUACUCUCAACAACCUUGAUCUCAUAUUUCUCUUUAAUAUUAAUUCAGCUAACUCAUCUGUCCGUGUCGAGAAAGUCCUUUACGCCGGUAGGGAGUAUCCAAGUCUUGAUAAUCUCGCCCUGCAGUACAAUACCACAUCCAUACCAAAAACCAGAAUACCGUUUCCCAGAGAUGACAGGAAUCUGUUCUCUUCAAUGAACAGAAGAGGUGCACCAGUUCCCAGAGAGCCAAAAAGGGCUCCAAGAAUGGUCGAACCAGAUGGUAAGCGAUACUCUUUGAAACAUCGCAGUGUUGAAUACAUGCAGUGGAAAUUCGACUUCAGAAUGUCCACCCUGUCUGGACCACAACUAUACAAUAUCCGAUUCAAUGAUGAAAGAAUUGCCUAUGAAAUCGGAAUGCAAGAAAUAGCAGUCUACUAUGGAGCCCAUAACCCAGCUGUCCAAGCUGGUGAUUUCAUCGACAGUGGUGUUUUGCUUGGCACCCACUCCCAGUCUCUUGUUCCAGGAGCUGACUGUCCCGAAACAAGCACAUUCAUUAAUGCUGCCUACAUUGGCGAAGGCGCAAGUGAUGAACCUGUGGUUCUGGAGAAGGCUUUCUGUCUGUUCGAGUUGAAUAGUGGUGUACCCCUCAGACGCCAUCUCUCCUAUUCUAAAUUUCAAGGUGCUUUCUACUCUGGAAUGACAGACAACGUUCUGAUUCUCCGGAGUAUUUUGACGAUAGACAACUAUGAUUACGUUACUGACUUCAUAUUUCAUCAGAGUGGAGCUCUGGAGGUUCGCGUGAUGUCCACAGGGUAUAUUUUCGCAGCUUUCCACACACCAGAAGAGGCUCCAUAUGGCUUUAAACUACAAGACAACAUCUUUGGACCUAUCCAUCACCACAUGUUCCUCUUCAAGGCAGAUAUUGACAUUAAUGGAACCAGCAACAGAUAUGAGACCCUGGACAUCUCGGCAGAAGAAGUCCGAAACGAGCAGACGACAAAUGACCCAAGCUCAAGGUACAACCAGAUUCGAUUUGACAGGAGGCUGAAAGAGACGGAGAUGGCCGCUGCCUACAAGUUUAACUUCGAUAACCCUAUGUACCAUGUGAUACACAAUGAGCAACGAAACAGCAGCCAAGGAGAGCUAAAGGCAUACAGGAUUCAACUGAGUGGGAUGGCCAAACAGCUCCUGCCUGAGGAUCAGGGGAAUGAGAUCCUCGUCUCCUGGGCUCGUCACCAGUUGCUGGUCACACAGUUCAAGGAGGAUGAGCGAGACGGAAGUUCUCCGUAUGGUUUGUUCGACAGCUUGGAUCCUACCGUCAACUUUACGUCAUUUCUGGCUGAUGAUGAGAGUAUCGUUGACCAGGACCUCGUGCUCUGGAUCCCAAUGGGUGCCCAUCACAUUCCACACACCGAGGACCUUCCUGUCACCCCUACAGCUGGCUCUCAUAUGGGCUUCACUCUCCUUCCGUACAACUACUUCCCAGAAUGCCCCUCUUCUCAGUCACGUGACUCUGUUAGAGUCGAGUAUAAGGAUCAGAGUCAACCAUCAGCUGGCCUUCGGGUUGAGAGAUACGGAACCCCGGGAAAGACACAGUGUGUGGCCCAGUCACCGGACUAUGACCAGCAAGUGUCUGAUCGACCAUCGUCAGUACUACAAUACCCGUAAAGAAACAGCAGUAAUGUUUUAACUGAAAUUAUCGGAAAUAAGGACUUAUAUCUUCAGGAAGUUUAUUGUAUAAAAACAUUAAUUAUAUAUUCAGCAAUGCAUAGAACAACCGUUUUACCAGGAUACAAUUUCGCUCAAGCACAGGGACCCUCGAUAUCAUAUCACGGUGAUAACAAUCUGAGCCCUCGCAUUGCGUCGACUCAUCAAUGGACACUGCGAGGUUGUAAAGUGUCCAAUGUACUGCUAUAGUGUCGUUGUGAUUAGGGGCGGUGGGGUAGCCUUGUGGUUAAAGCGUUCGCUUGUCGGGAAUAUUCGGGUUCGAUUCCCCUCAAGGGUACAAUGUGUGAAGCCCAUUUCUGGUGUCCCCGCCGUGAUAUUGCUGGAAUAUUGCUAAGAGCAGUGUAAAACCAUACUCACUCACUGUGAUUGUUAUCUUGGCUCAAAAUUAAACCGGACCAAUGGCUACAAUUACCUGCAACCAUUACACUGCAAUGCUAAAAAAUGUUAUAGCUGUUUCCUUAAAGUCAAGAGUUUUUUUAUGUUUCUAAAAAAUAAUGUACCUCGGUUAACUUUCAUUGAUUUUUGAAACAAGGCCUUCUUCUAUGGCCCAAAUGUUGUGACAAAGGGGUGUCUACCUGGCUGGUGGGUGUUACACCUUUCAGUUCCCAUUGUGUAUACAUGAAUUAUAUAUUCCGUGUUCAAAUACCGGGACAAACACAUUUCUAACGGAAAAUUCUGAUGGAUAGUCCAUUUUCCGGAGAGGUAAUACAGACAAUAUUCUCUACUGUGAUUCCGUUUUGUACUUUCUUAUGGGAGGCGAAUAUUCCCUCCAGCUAUGCAUGAGCGGCUUUACCCAGUGGGUAUUACUGAGUUCUCUUUGUAGUCAAUCCUAUCUUGCGCCGGUGGCGGUGUAACAGUGGAUGACGAAGGUAUCACAGUGAAUGGUGCAGAUGUAGGAGGGUGAUGUAUGUCCAGAUCAUAUCUAUACAUAUUGUUUCUCAAUUAUUGCUGAACCGUUUGUUGUGGGAGGAUUCAAUGAAGCAUUACUUCUAAUUGAGACGGGUGCCAAAGCUGUCUAUGUGGAUAUUUCUAGGUAUUUUUAAUUACUUGCUUGAAGGAUCCCCUCAUCCCACAUUUCAUAAAUGUUGACUGAAAUUAAAAUGGUUGGUUAACUUAAUUUCCUCUGUAUGCAUAUUGCAAUUAUACGAUAUCGGUAAACCAGAAUUGGAAAUACAAUUGCGAUUUGACUUCUUGAACUAUACCAUAAAAAAUAAUUGUGACUUUUUUUCUAUUUCUUCCUUUUGUUUUAAUUCCAGCCUGGUGUAAUUACACUUAAAGACUAAGGACACAUUAAUACAUAUACUAUUUUCAAUUUAAUUUAUAUUAUUAAUUUGACCAACAACCCGCAGGCCUUUGAGUAACAACUCUAAACCAAGUAAUAAAAUAAUCUUGAAUGUGUGGAGCACUAUUUGUAGUCAAAUGAUCAGUUAUCAAAUUGGAAUAGUUGCAAGUACGUUAUUACAUCAAUCUCAUUAAAAUCAGAUCGCUAAACGAAGCGGCAGCCAGAACUUAGAUCUGAUUUUAAGGAGAUUGGUUAAUACAUCUGUGGUGUGUUUCCAACCCAUAUAUCAAUCUAGAAAGUGUUUAUUAAAAGUGCUGAACGGUG